AUGAGUACAUUAUCAAAAAAUUCACCAUCAAUUUCAAUUCCGAUCAAUAAUUAUCAGAUUAUUCCUGUAUCUUCUUUAUGGACAAAUACUCAAGUAACUUCACCAAAUCCAAUAAUACGACUAAUCAAUACCAAUCCUAAUCCAAUUAAUACUUCUUCAUCAUCAGUAAUCAUGCCAUCUUCGAUACAGCAACAACAACAGCAACAGAAUACACCUGUUUAUUCAUCAUAUAAACCCUUUACUGCUCCUCGUGUAACAACUACACUCAUUCCACUCAAUGUAUGUCCUACAGAAUAUUGUCAAACAGUAAAAUCAACACCAAUACCAUCCAUUAGUAUCGUACAAAAUAAUAAAGAACAGACGAUGUUCGAAAACAAAUCAAAAGGCACUAUAACAACUCAUGUUAUUGGUGAUUGGAUAAUACGUGAAAGAUCGGAACCAGUUCAACGAAAAGAAAAUGAACAAUUAACAACACCAAUAGAACAAAUUGUUAAUCCAGAAAAACAAGUCAUUUCUAAUGAAUCUAUUACUUUCUAUUCAUAUUCAUCGAAAAAUGUUAACCAGUGGACUAUUGAUGACGUAUGUUCUUUUUUUGAACAUGUUCUUCAAAAAAAUUGUUAUGCAUCCAUAAUCAAAGAACAUUUAAUCGAUGGAAUAGCUCUUGUUCUACUACAAGACGAACAUCUUAGUAGUAUUUUUAAAAUGCAAUUAGGACCUCGUUUAAAAUUACUAAAUAGUAUUAAUAAACUUAAAAAUGGUGAUCUUCCUUCAUCAUAA